AUGGAGGGUUCAUCUGAGUCUGGUUGGCAGAGGUCUGACAAUACAUCCCAUGAUUCUGGGUUCAUAUCAGGAAGAAAAGGGAGAGAAACACCAACUGAGUGGCUCCACCAUAGAACCGAGGUUGGGGAUCGGGUAGUGGUGGUGGCGAAGCCACUUGUUCCGGCCGUGGAAUGCAGUGAUAUUAGUUUAAGAGAGUGGUUAGAUAACCCAGAAAGAAAAGUGGAUUCUCUUGAAUGUUUGCACAUAUUUUCUCAAAUUGUGGAGGUUGUUAACCUAGCACAUUCUCAAGGAAUUGUUGUACACAAUGUGCGGCCUUCAUGUUUUGUUAUGUCAUCGUUUAACCACGUUUCCUUCAUUGAAUCUGCUUCUUGCUUGGAUUCGAGUUCUGGUUCCCUUCAGUAUGGUCAAAUGGCUGAGUUUAAAGGUUCAUCUUCACCUUUGCACCUUGAAUCAAACUCCCAAAAACAAGAAGCCUGUGGCAACGAACAGGUCGAAGAAAGAAAACAUUCUUUUCCCAUGAAAAAAAUAUUGCUCAUGGAAUCAAAUUGGUACAGCAGUCCAGAAGAGGCUGCUGAUGUUCAACCCUCUCGUGCUUCAGACGUUUAUCAACUUGGUGUCUUGCUCUUUGAGCUAUUCUGCACGUUUAGUUCACUGGAAGAGAAAAGCACAACAAUGGAUAGCCUCAGACAUCGAGUUCUCCCACCUCAGUUGCUUCUGAAGUGGCCAAAAGAAGCUUCAUUUUGCUUAUGGUUGCUGCAUCCUGAGCCGAGCGGCCGGCCAAAAAUUGGGUUUUACAGAACUUUAAGAUAG